AUGGAUGAAGUGUUUUGGUCCAACGUUGUUAAGCGCUGGUCUGAGGCUGCAGAGAAUGUAAUUGCGUUGAGGAAAGAAUUAACAAAGGUCCAGGAAGAACGCGCGCUAUAUCGUAGUUUGCUUGACACCUAUCGCAGAAGCGAUGCUACUCCGGCGGACCAGCGUCAAAUUGAACGCGUCGAACCUGACUCUGUCCCACUGAAUGACGGUAUAGACACGACCAGUCACGUUGGAUUGAUGCAAGACGCAGAGGCCGGACUUGGAAGAGCUAAAGAAGAGUAUAAACGACUACAGCAAGAAUUAGCUGCUUCCACGGAGCAAAUCAAAGCCUUAAAGCAAGAGAACGAGACAAUUUCUGCUAAACAUAUCGAAGAGACGACUGAACUCAAAGACCAAAUUAACAAAUUGACGUUUGUCAAUGAUAAUCUUCGGAAGAGUCUGGAGAAAGCUAAGACAGACGCAGCAAAGGCUCGUGCAGCCGUUGUCGCCAUACAUGCUCAGCCUGAUGAGUCUAAGAAACUUUCAGCAGCCUACUGGGACUUAGAGCGACAGGUCGAAACGCUGAAGUUAUCAGUCAAGGAUUAUGAAACAGAAAAUCAUUAUCUACGAAGUGAACUAUCCACUAUACAAGAAAGACUACACAGGGCCGAAGACAAUUCGAAGGUCUUAUUGGGAUCUAUAAAGAAACUGCAGGGUAUUACUCGUCAUGCUACCAUUUUACGUCCAUUAUCGAAUACUUCCCUCUAUUCAGAAGCUCGGCGGUCUUCAGGAAAACUUUCUGCUGCUUCGGGGGCUCACAGCCCAGAACCAGAUAGAGAUAUGUUACCCAAAGCUAGGGCAUUCAAACAGAAAGAGGUCAUACGUCCGUCUAAGAGUGACGGCGAUAUGGCCAAAAAAGAAAUUGUGACGCAUAAUUGCCCUAACCUACCACCAGAUCGGGAGGCGAUGCUUGCAGUGUUCCCUUCGGUACCCGUUCCCGCCGUCGUCGAUGCACACAACGCAUUUGAACGAAGUUUCCUCAAGAAAGCACUUGGGGAAGACGUUCAAUCACUUUUUAAAUACUUGCCAGAGGGUCAAAUUGAUAGAAAAGCAAUCACCUCCUCGUAUUUAUGUCCAACUCUGAAUCACCAUCCGUGGUGUCCAUCAAAUCCUGGUCAGCAUGGUUUUCUCUUUGUCGGUCUUGGGAAAGAAAGAGACAGUUAUAACUCUCCUGUCAUUCGGAAUCUAUUCGUUGGUCUACCCAAAGGGCCCUCUAAAACUCGAACAUUCCGGUACCUAGGAAAAUACAAAGUGACUCGUGUCAAACAUCUUUCUAUUGACGAGUGGAAUAGUUUCUCCCCUGAUAUCAAAUACAUGUAUGCCAAACUAACUGCCGAUAAGACCAACGAUGUUCGCCCCCCUGAGGACAUUCUCUUGGCCUACGACAAGGGAACACUUUCCGUUCCUUGUGUCCAGUUGCAAUUUCUAAGCUUUGAUAACCAUAUCUAUUCGGCUCUAUUAGCUCACAAAAAUGACCUUAGAGAGCAUAAGAAAUAA